AUGACCGACAUUGUGGACGAGCCUAAUGUGGCGAACGAGCAGCCUGAUGGCGAGGAGGAGACGGGCAAGAGCCGGUUCGAGGUGAAAAAAUGGAGUGCCGUUGCGUUCUGGUCGUGGGAUAUUGCCAUCGAGAACUGUGCGAUCUGCCGCAACCACAUUAUGGACACCUGCAUCGACUGCCAGGCCGCCGAGGGCUCUGCCCGCCCGGCAGACUGCACGGUAUCGUGGGGCGUUUGCAACCACACGUUCCACUCACACUGCAUUACCCGCUGGCUCAAGAGUCGUGCCGUGUGUCCUCUAGACAACAUGCCCUGGGAGACGCAAAAGUACGGUCGCUAG